AUGGGAUUACAAAAUCAAUUAACUGAUGUAUCAACUGAAUCAAUCCCAAUUCUGCUCGUAACUCUUCUCGCUAAUUGCAUAGCUAAUCUCCGUUCAAUCGUUUUCGAUUUUCUCCAAUUCCUCGGCAUGUCGACUUCUGGGAUGAUAAAUCCGAUUCAAAUGGAAGAUAACACUCUAUACGACGCCGUUGGUUCCGGUUUAGCCGGAGUUGUAGUGCUCGCCGAACAGCUCAAUUUGAACCGGAUGUUCUCGUAUACAUUUGAUAUUCAAGGAGAUGAAGCCACCGGUUCGAGCUGUGUUGUUUGCCUGAACCGGUUGGGUGAUGGCGAGAAUGUGAGGAAAUUGGAUUGUAAGCAUGUUUUUCAUAAGGUGUGUUUUGAUGGAUGGUUAGAUACGUUUAAUUUUAAUUGUCCGAUUUGCCGGUCGUCGUUGGUGGUUUCUGAUGAGCGCGUGGACAUCACGCGGCGGCGCGUUGUGUGGGAUGUGAUUGAUUGGUUCUCGUUGAGGUGA